UGUUCUCCGAGCAUAGCCUGCGGGCUGCUGCCGCCCGAGAGACGAGGGAGGGGGCAGGAAGCCAGGUUCAAAGUCACGCGGCCGGAGCAGAUCUACAGACCUUUAAUUCUGAGUUCUUACAACAAUUUACCCACCAGGGGCGCCUGGGUGUCUCAGUGGGUUAAGCCUCUGCCUUCGGCUCCGCCCAACUCAGGAAUUUGUGUCACAAAGGAAACCUGAUGCAACCUCUUCAGAUCCUUCCCCGCCGAUUACUUUAUGGGCUGUACUCUGGACUGAAAUCUCAAGCCUCCUCUGGAACCCGGAUUUGCCCAACAAUGGCUCGACCAAGUUCAAAUAUGGCUGAUUUUCGGAAGCUUUUUGCAAAAGCAAAGCACAUAGUCAUCCUUUCAGGGGCUGGCGUUAGUGCUGAGAGCGGAGUCCCGACUUUCCGAGGAGCCGGGGGCUACUGGAGAAGAUGGCAAGCUCAGAAUUACACUAUGGUGCAGUCAACCUCUCUUUCUCCCAAAUGGAGAAACUGUAUCAACCCAUCAUCACAGGACCUGGCCACCCCGCAGGCCUUUGCACGAAACCCUUCCCUGGUGUGGGAGUUCUACCACUACCGGCGGGAGGUCAUGCUGAGCAAGGAGCCGAACCCGGGGCACCUUGCCAUUGCUGAAUGUGAGGCCCGGCUGCGCGAGCAGGGCCGACGGGUCAUGGUCAUCACUCAGAACAUCGAUGAGCUGCACCGCAGGGCUGGCACCAAGAACCUUCUGGAAAUCCAUGGUAGCUUAUUUAAAACUCGCUGUACCUCUUGUGGUGUUGUGGCUGAGAAUUACAAGAGUCCCAUUUGUGCGGCUUUAUCAGGGAAAGGUGCUCCAGACCCGGAAGCUCAAGAUGCCAGAAUCCCAGUGGAGAAACUUCCCCGGUGUGAAGAGGCCGGGUGCGGGGGUCUGCUGCGACCCCACGUGGUGUGGUUUGGAGAAAACCUGGAUCCUGCCAUUCUGGAAGAGGUCGACAGAGAGCUGACCCUCUGCGACUUGUGUCUAGUGGUGGGAACUUCCUCCGUGGUUUAUCCUGCCGCCAUGUUCGCGCCCCAGGUGUCUGCCCGGGGAGUGCCAGUGGCCGAAUUCAACAUGGAAACCACCCCGGCCACCAACAGAUUCAGUACCGUUUGUGUCCUCGGCCCGCUUCUUCAUUUGUGUGUAAGUGGUAGGAAUGAGAAGCACAUCCCUUGAGAUGACUGCCUUCUGUGGAAAACAGAUUCUUUGCAAACGAUACAGUGAGAUAAAUGAGAAGAUCUGAACACGAGGAAGGACACUCCUGUGGACCGUGGACCAGACAACAUCAAGGGAGCGGUACUCCCCGAAUUGAUUUACAGAUACGGCUGGUCUCCACCCACAGUGCAGUUGGCUUCUUGGCUAAAACUGGCAAGGUCAUCCUAAACUUCAUAUGGAAAUGCAAGGGGCCCAGAAGAGCCAAAACAAAAAAAGAAGGAUGAAGUUGAAGAACUCACACUUCGCAGUUACAAAAGUGACUACAAAGUUACAGUCAUCAGGACAGCAUAGUGCUGGGGUGAGAAUAGACAUAUAGACGGGAUUUAGAGUCCAGAAAUAAACCCUUGGUGUGGGGCACCUGGGUGGCUCAGUGGGUUAAAGCCUCUGCCUUCUGCUCAGGUCCUGAUCCCAGCGUCCUGGGAUCGAGCCCCAUGUCGGGCUGUCUGCUCAGCAGGGAGCCUGCUUCCUCCUCUCUCUCAGCCUGCCUCUCUGCCUACUUAUGAUCUCUGUCUGUCAAAUAAAUAAAUAAAAUCUUUAAAAAAAUAAAGAAACCCUCAGUGUAUGGCCAAUCAAUUUUUGGAUAGGGUCUGAAGGCAAUUCAGGGAAAGAGUAGUCCUUUUAACAAAUGGUUCUGGAAUGGCUGAAUUGCCACCUGCAAAAGAAUGAAACUGGACUCCUUCUUCAUACCACAUGCAGAAAUUAACCUAAGUGGAUCAUGGCUCUAGAUCUAAGAGCUGAAAGUAUAAAAUACUUCCAAGAAAAUACAGGAGUAAGUCCUUAUGACUUCGAGUUAGUCAGAGCCUCCAUGACAUGACAUCAAAAGUGCAAGUAACAUAAGAAAAAUGGGCAACCUGGCUUUCCAUCAGCAUUAGAAACCUCUGUGCUUCAGUGGGAGGAAAUAUUUGCAAGCCUAAUAUUUGAUAUGGGACUUACAUCCGGAAAAGAUAAAGAACUCUCACAAUUCAAUAACAAAAAGAGAAGUCGUCCAAUUUAGAAAUGGGCCAAAUAUUUGAAUAGACAUUUCUCUAAAUAUAUAUUCAUGGUCAAUAAGCAUAUUGAAAAUAUGCGGAACAUUAUUAAAAUUAGGGAAAUGGAAAUUGAAACCACCUGAGAUACCCUUUAACAGCCACUGGCAUGGCUGUAAUUAAAAAAAAACAAAAAAAAACCAGCAAGUGUUGGUGAAGAAACUGGCCUCCUCAUCCGUUGCUGGUGGAAAGGUACAAUGAUACCACUGCUUUGGAAGACCGUCUGGCAGUUCCUCCAAAGGUUAUAUGCAGAGCUAACAUAAGAACCCGUGAUUCUCAUCGCAGCAUUGUUCAUCAUAAUCCAAGAGUGGGAACAAUACAAAUGUCCUUCAUCUGAUUAGUGGAUAAAGGAAAUGUGGUAUUUAUACCACGGAGUAUUAGCCAGAAAUGAUUGACGUACUCAUCCAUGCGACAACAUGAAUGACCCUUGAAAACAUUAUACUAAGUGAAAGAAGCCAGACACACAAGACCACAAAUCCCAUGAUUCCAUUUAUAUGAGAUAUCCAGAUAUCAACAGGGACUCAGAGUUGGUGAGAGGUUGUCUAGGGUUGGGUUCGGAGGAAUGGAAAGGAACCGUUCAUGGAGACAGGUUUCCUUUUGGGAUGAUGAAAGUGUUCUGAAGUCGAUUGUGGUGAUGGUUGUACAAUUUUGUGAGUAUACUAAAAAAAACAAUAAAUUAUACGUUCUAAACAGAUUAUAUGUGGAUGACAUCUCAAUAAAGGUGUCCUAUUAAAAAUUAAAUUCCCUUCUAACUUAUCCCCUGAAAAAUAGACAUGUUAGAGGCCUCUAACAUGCACUGUGGCACCUAGACUAGUGUGCAUAUGUUAAAAAUAAAGUAAAAGUAAUGUCAUUGCCAGACAACUUAAGCCCCUCGUCUGUUUGAAAGAGCAUCAGAAGCCUCCAAGAGUGGGAUGGCAUCAUCUUCCUAAAGGAGGGAAUGAGCUACAUCCCUAGUCCCUUCUCCUGUGGUUUAUUUUUACUCUUGUGUUCUCCAACUCUCCUAUACUAAGUAAUGAAAACAAAUCAUCAUGGUAGAAAAGUAACAAAACGCAGGUAGGAGAAAAAGAAGAAAAUAAGAGCAGAAUCCUUCUACAAGUCCAGAGCUGGCCUCCGCCUUUCAUGCCCUUGAGUGACCAGCAGCUCCUGGGCGUCCAUUGUGUGUGUCUUCAGAGGAAUUUGAACUUGGUAGUUUUCCUGCAAGUUAAGAAGAGAAUCCUGGAAGUUAAGGACAUCAUUUCGUAAGGUGGGCCUCCUGAAACCUCAGACCUGACCCAGCCGCUUCUCUUUCUCAGCCAAAACUGUUCAGCUUCACGUCCUGAAAAGCUGCUGUGUCUCCUUUCAGACAGACCAGCUACUUGCUCGUUAGAAACUUUGAUCAAAUUUGACAAGCUACCCAUUGACCCGGCCCCAACCACAUGAACCACAUUCUGUUUGUUGGCUUCUUGGGGGAGCUGCGGCUGUCCUUACCACCAAGUCUGCGAAUUUUCCCCGAUGAGUGUAACUGACCAGCGAGGACAGUCGUCCUUUUAUCUAGGAGUCAUCAAAGCUGACAUUUAGAAGAGAUGGAGGUGAUCCUCUUACCCGUCUCAACUUUUCAGAUGGGGAACCAGGCCCAGAGCAAUUGAGUGUUUGAACACACAGCCUAACAAGGGCAGAAUUUUUCUCUUCCAUCUUGUGUGCUAGAUUUGGGUUGAAUUUUAUGCUAAGUCAGCAAACUGCUUCCUGUAGGUCAAAUUCACCCCGCAUCUGUGUUUGUAAAUAAAGUUUUAUUAGUACGCAGCUACA